GGUGCGGCGGCAGUGGCGGCGGGCAGGAUGGGGCUGAGCGCGGAGGAGGCGGCGGAGCAGGAGGACCGUUUCGACGGCAUGUUCCUCGCCAUGGCCCAGCAGCACCAGGGCGGCGUGCGCGAGCUUGUGAACACGUUCUUUAGUUUCCUGAGGCGUAAGACGGAUUUCUUCACCGGUGGAGAAGACGGAGUAGCAGAGAAGCUGAUCACAGAUACCUUCAGCCAUCACAACAAACUGGCUCAGAAGGAACGGAAAGAGAAAAAGGCUCGUCAAGAGGCAGAGCGGCGUGAGAAGGCAGAGAGAGCUGCAAAACUGGCUAAAGAAAAGCAAGAAGCAAACGAGCCAAGGAUUAAGGAACUUACGGAUGAGGAAGCAGAAAGGCUGCAGCUGGAAAUAGAUCAGAAAAAAGAGGCACAAGGACAGGUGAACAGCGUCCCGGUGAAACCCUCAGAGGAUGAAGGCGAAUCUUCGGAUUCUAACAAGCAGGGGACAGAUGACGAAGAGGAAGAUGAGAAGGAUAAAGGAAAACUUAAACCCAACUCUGGCAACGGGGCUGACCUCCCAAAUUAUAGAUGGACGCAGACUCUUUCAGAACUGGAUCUGGCCAUCCCUUUCAAGGUGAACUUCAGGUUGAAGGGGAAGGACAUGGUGGUGGAUAUCCAGAGACGGCACCUCAAAGUUGGCCUGAAGGGCCAUUCCCCUGUCAUUGACGGAGAGCUUUUCAACGAAGUGAAGGUGGAGGAGAGCUCCUGGCUGAUUGAAGAUGGCAAAACAGUCACCGUGCACCUGGAGAAGAUCAACAAGAUGGAAUGGUGGAACAAACUAGUCUCCACAGACCCAGAAAUCAACACCAAGAAAAUCUGUCCAGAAAACUCAAAGUUGUCAGACCUGGACAGCGAGACUCGCAGCAUGGUGGAGAAAAUGAUGUAUGAUCAACGACAGAAAUCCAUGGGCCUCCCCACAUCUGACGAACAGAAGAAGCAAGACAUUUUGAAAAAGUUCAUGGAACAGCACCCAGAAAUGGACUUUUCAAAGGCUAAAUUCAACUGAGUCCUCCCUUUCUCCCCCCCCCCCUCUCAGUCAGCCUGUCGAAUGGGGCAGGAUACGCGGUGCCCUACGGAGGGAUCCCUCCCCUUGGGCAAGGAAUCCCUUCCAGCUCCCCCUGCCCCAGCCCGCUCUGGAGCCAGCUCCAUGAACUCGUCCUCACUUGUCCUGUGCUGAGCAGAACUCAAGGCCACAGAACCGUCCCGCAGCAGCUCCGGUCAGAGCCAUCUGCCACCCUUCCCAGGCAGCAGUUAGGAGAGAAGGAGGGGGUAGAGAAAAAAGGGUUGUUAGGGCUACGAGAGCCAGGCUUGAGAGGUUUUGGGACUCACCCUUAACCUAUCACUUAAUCUCCUGGCCCUUCAGAGCUGCUAACACACUCUUUGCCAUUUCAGUUUGGCAGCAGGUACUCUGGAGCUUUUACCCCCUUCCCCUCGGCUUUCCUAUGAAAAGAAGGGCCAGUUUAUUUGGUAAAAUAAUUCUCCUUCUGCCUCCUUGGGAAGGGAAAACACCAGUCUUAAAAAAAAAAAACAAACCUACCCAGCUAUUGCAGUAGAGACAGACUUUGCUCCUCCUUCCUGCUGCUUCUCUUCUUGCCAGAAGUGGAACAGACUGAGCCCUGGAGGGCUCCCGUGGCAGCUGGAGAGGUUGCCCCACUGUCCUACAGGUUGUGGGGGGGGGUCUGUGGUUGUGGGCAAGAGAGGGGACGUUGGGGGGGUUUUGGGGGUGCUGUUCUUGCCGGGAGUGUGUCUCCUGCCCCUUUUCCAAGAGCCUCUCUCUCCCUGCUGACUACUGACAGGCAUCGCCGCCUUCUCUGCUGAGCUCCUGCUGACGAGUGGCGUUACCUCUGCAUGCUCCUACCUUUGUUAAAAUUGCAGUGUGACAUAAAGGAAAAAAAAAAAAACAACCCACAA